AGGCUUCGCCUAAUUCACAGUUUAGUUAGUAUAGAGGAGACAAACAAACAUACAGUUUCCUUAAAAAAAAAAUAAUAAUAAUACAAAUAUGUUGUAUAAGACUGUAUGUCUGGUGGCCCUAAUAGUGGCCUAUGUAUCGGCCAGUCGGCUCCCCAUACCCUACGAACUGUACGUCCAAAACGGUGGUCUACCCAUACCGGUUGCAUUGCGCACCGGUAGCUGGUAUAACAUCAGCGCUGCCGAUGAUGCCGAAGCCCUGAUUGUUGGCGGAUCCGAUGCCAGUGCCGGCGAUGCACCCCAUAUUGUAUCGCUGGCCAAGUCAUCGCAUUUUUGCGGCGGAUCCAUAUUGGAUGCCGAAACUGUCAUCACAGCCGCCCAUUGUAUUGACGGUACGUCUGCAUCGUCGGUAAAAGUAAGAGCCGGUUCACUGAAACAUUCGUCGGGUGGCCAACAAGUAUCGGUCAAAACUAUCAGAAAACAUAGCCAAUACAACUCCUAUACUAUCGACUACGAUAUAGCCAUACUAAAGCUAUCGACACCGUUAACAUUGGACGGCCAAAAUGUUAAAGGUGUCCAAUUGCCAGCCAACGGUGAACUGGAUAAUGGUCAACAAGUAUUGAUUGCCGGCUGGGGUACUACCCGUGCCGGUGCCAGUACAUUGCCCACUAAUUUGCAAAAAGUCAAUGUCAAUAUUGUCGAGCGGACGACCUGUAAUGGUAACUACGGUUCAGGUAGUAUUACCCAACGUAUGAUUUGUGCGGCGGUUAACGGCGGCGGCAAAGAUGCCUGUCAGGGAGAUUCUGGUGGACCACUCACUCAAGGCGGUGUACUCUAUGGUGUAGUGUCGUGGGGCCGGAGCUGUGCACUACCCGACUAUCCCGGUGUCUACAGUAAUGUAGCCGCUUUGCUAGAUUGGAUAACAACUAACCGUGCUUAAAUUAUAAUAAUUAAAUAAAAUUAUUAAACAAUUAC